UUACACAUGUGAUGUGGAAAUCAUCAUUCAAUAGGCUUUUGUUUUAAAAUCACAAAAUAUAUAACACAAGCAAAUCCUAUCCAUAAUCUGCUCAUUUUUGCACAUCUUCAAGGAUUACAUAUUCUGAGUUCAGUUUUAUUUUCUAAUGUACAGGGGAAAAAAAGAAUAAAUAUGUCAAACAUAUUCUGAAGCAGUAACCCAAGACACCAUCAAGCCCUAGGGCUUUUUCUUAAUUUCCCUGUAAAUACAUGCAGGAUGAAUUCAGUCGACUAGAAGGCCAAACAACCUUGGUCUCUCUGGAUGAGAAACACUCGGGUGACUUUUGCCAUAAUUAAUAUGAUUUGCAAGAAGUAUUUUGCUAUGUCAUUUUCUCCAUCGCAGGGCCAGAUUGAGCUUUAAAAAAAACAGCAACUGAUGUUUCUGCUUAAGACCAAUAACAACCAUAAGCCAGAGAACCGGAGUGUGAUAACAGCCUUAAAUGAAUGAGUCUGUGAUGAGUUACAGUGUUACGUUCUUAGGUGUAACUGUGUGAUGCAAGAGAAAAAGAGAACAAUGCUAAAUCAAUUUUAGUCCUAGUAUUUCACAUCCCCUUUACUGAUUUAUUAAAAGCAGAUACAGAGCAGUCCCAGUACAGGGGGCUACAGAGCUUGAAAGAGUUCAAUUAUAUGCAUUUUGCAUGUUUUUGUUUAAAAAUCUUGGCGCUGACAACAUUUCUAUUGUCAGAAAUUCAUCUCAUUAUGUGUUGACACAUUUCUUCUUCAUUUAUAUAUUUUACUGAUGAAUCACUUUACUUCUGAAUCAUACAGGAACUAAAGCAAAACACCAAUCAUCAUUAAAUCCAUGAUUAGAAUGAAGUUUUUCACUAUUUCCCCUAUAUAUAAAUUGAUAUCUUUUUGUCUCACUAACCUGAUUUAUAAAGGAGCACUGAUAUGCUAGCAAUUUAAAGUGAAUUCUAACCAACAUAACUCUGUCCUCAUUAAUGGCUGGAAUUACCGCGCUGUUAAAACGUUUUAACUACAUGUAAAGUUGUUCAUUUAUAUAGAUUAACACUGCUUUCACUAAACAUGCAAGCAUAAAUUCCGCCACAAGAGGGCCCAUUGUACGUCGACACAUUCUGCAGGCCAGUGUGUGUGUGCUAUCAUGUGUAAAGAUACAGCCUGAAGACAGAAGCUUGUCCUAACAUGUAACACAUAGUUUCUGUGUGGAAAGGGCAUGUAAUCUUCUUCAUCUGUGUUGGCAGGGAAUUCCUUUAAGAUGACUCUAUUGACUCUGAAACGUUUCAAGUAUACUUUAAAUCCAUAUUCAGAGAUCCAUACUAUGGAUGGGGAUGUAAAACUUUUAAGGACAGACAUAACAAAUUUGUGCAUUAUACCAGUGGUCUGACUUUAUUUAAAUUAAAUAAUUUCAUAAUUUCUCAUUAAAUAAAAUAAUGAUGAUAAUAUUUCUCCACACAAACCAAAUAGGGUGUAAAUGUAUGUAAGUUGAGCAGAUACUCCUUGUAUUACUAGGGUGGACAAAAGUUUAAAACUGGAAUAUGAGUCAUUAUGCUUGCAAUAAAAAGAACCAUUUCCAUGAGAGUCUCCUGGAAAUGGUUAUUAAUAUCAAACAUGAUAAUAAAAAAGAACAAUCACGAAUCUCUAAACCGGCUGCUGGUAUUUAACCCACGUGGUGCUCUCUGAGCUAAAACUUGCACAACAGCGGAUCAGCGCCGGGCUGAAGGUGUCACCGCUGAUCAUCCUGCUUGGCGCUGUCCACUGCCUGUGGUGCUGAAAUGUAGAGGAAUCAACACAUGGUGCCCUUUACUGACACCGCGGGCACUAAAUUCUAAUUAUACGGUUAAAUAGGCCUGUUAGAUCCAACUUAUACACGUGAUUCACGCUUGAGACAAAUCUGCCAGGUGACAGAGACCAAUGGAGAAAUCAAUUUGACCAUGUCUAUCGAUUUAUUAGUAUUAUUAUUAUUAUAUAUAUAUAUAUUCGCUUAACAGUUAGUUCCGGUGUUGAGAUCACGGCGAUGCUCAGAAAGGAACGCGAUUUCAACACAACCAGAAAUAUUAUUUAUUCCAUUUCACACUGCCUUCCUGCAGUCCUGCGAUCCACUUCGGGAGAUCCUCUUAUGUGUGAUGGUGAAAUGUGAGCCUCGGUGUACUGACAGUGUUGUCAAAUAAAGCAGUUAAUGCGGUCCAAUAAUGGAGAACAUGGCGGAGGCGCUCAGUGCAGGAGGCGUCCAUGGGGAGGAAAGCGAGUGCAAAAUAUGCUACAACUACUUCGAUUUGGAGCGCCACAGUCCCAAACUGCUGAGCUGCUCCCACACCUUCUGCCUGGAAUGCCUCGAAACGUUGCACUUCCGGGAGGGUCGGGGCUGGAGAAUCGUUUGUCCCGUGUGUCGCCACCGAACUCCUUUACCGGAACGUCGGGUUCGCAACCUCCCCGACAACACAGCUCUCACCGAGGAGCUCUCGCACAAAAAGCGGGAGCCCGAGGACUCAUUAAACGCGGAAAGGCUGCCGGGUCCGCCCGCCUCUCCUGCGACCUCCACGGAGACCGGCCACAGCGGAUGGGAGGCGUGCAAACACGUUGCAUUCAAGACCAGUUGCGUGUGCGCCAUCUUCUCCUUCCUCUCCACGCUGCUGCUCCUGUUUCUGGGCCUCGUCUUUGUGCAUAACCUCAGCCACAUCAGGUCGCUCGUCCCUGUCUGCUUGUCUGUUGCCAGCAUUCUCGCCCUGUUCUCGCUCAUCCUGACUUGGUUAGCCUGCAUGCUUUAUCAGCCUGAAACCGAGGCAAGCGACUCAGUUUAUCUUAAUAUCACGUGAUCACCCGGAUACACCAACGAAACCCAGCCUGUUGAGAACUAUUCAAAGGGAAAUGGUUAUCAUUUUAUUUUUUCAGAGUGAUUAUAAAUCCCGUAUGGCACUUUAGUAAAAGGCAUGUUUGUGGAUAAUUGUAAUAACAUCAGUAAACGGUGCACAAACUAUGUUUGAACUUGUGCAGACUCCUUGCCACACUGUCAUGCUGUACUGGGACACUUUACAUAAACAGAGCCAUUAAUAAUAACUUCAAAUCUAAAGCAGGCUUUAGCUUAGCGUCCCAAGGUGCAUUGAAACAGCUGUAUGAGUAAAGCUAAUGGGACAUGACAGAAUUAUUCCUAUCUUCUGUGCCCGUUUACCUUAAAACUACCUCUGUGUGAUUACACUGACUCCCCAUGGUGGGCCGGGGCAGCAGCAGGGGAUCCCAGGUCAGUCACCCUGAGGGGACAUGGGCCUUAACAAGAUGAGAAAAAUAACUUUGGGGUUGGGGGCCUAAAUAAGUAGUUUUUUGAAGUGAUGACACAAUGGAAGUGCAGGAAACCUCCUGGCUGUCUUAAAUAACCUGAUGGGGGUUCAGUUAUCUUUAUCAAAUCAUUAAAAUCAUGCUUAGAUGGCUUUUAGAGCAAGUGUUUUAUUGGAUUUUUGUGGAUUUGUUGCAUGUAUUUGCUGUGUCUCAUCAUCAUAAGAACAGCAGCACUUUCAGUGCACUGGGUUUGGGUUAUUAAAUCCAUCCUGAUCAAGGAGAUGACUCCAUUUGGUUUGUGGUAUUUGCUGAAUCCCAGUAACACAGUAGGCAUUUAUAUCCACUUAGUGUUGUUUUAAGAGGCGACACUGGUCUCUGGAGUUAAAAUCCAUCUCUUUCAGGUCUCUCAAAGGAACUCCUUCAUUUGGUCAUCCGGUCAGUGAGUAAUACCACUUAAGUGCCACCAUGACAAAAGCCUGAGGAGGAAAAAAAAAAGAGGGAUAGCAGGCUUCCACUGGGAGCCAUAGGCAACAGUGUGUCUGGGGCAGAGGGCUUCAUUUCAUGGGGACUGUGGGGCUUAAAGUUAAAGAUUACUUUGAAAUCUGCAUCCCCUGCCAUCAAACUCUCCCACCAUCUCCCACCCUCCCUCCAGCCAUCACUCCCACUCCCGAAAAAUAAAAAGCUGUCGCUACAGAGCAGGGGAUGAGUCGAGAGCAGAUCCUCUUUGAUGACAGAGAAGGAUCCUUUUGUUCUCUAAUCCCUACACAGCACACACACACACACACACACACACACACUCCCACCCUCCUCUUCCUUAUACAUUCAACUAGAUAUCAGAGAUUUUCAUAAUCAGAUGGGGGGGGGGGGGUCAAACGUUAUUAGUUUACCAGUUUUACCUUUAAAAGAACAGAUUGACAGUGGAACAUCUCUAACAAAAAGGAACAGGUUUUGAGGUCAUCACUCUCUCCACAAUUUUACUCGGUGGGUUUUGGUGUAUUUCUCCAAACGUUUUAAAUUUUGCAGCCCUGAAGCUCUCCCAAAUCUCCCCAGAAAUACAUGCAGCAAAACACUACAAUUAACCUGCAAAAGGUUGUAACUCACUCACAAAUGCUCAUGUGUCAAAAAAGAGAAUACGUACACAAUGCUGCAUAGGAUUCAGCAGAUUUUGAUAUGGAUCAUACAGCAUGUGACCUUGCAACUGAGAAAUCAAACACAUGUAUAACCAAUAAGUGUUCAAAUUGUAAGCAGUUGUGCUUUUUAUUUUAACUUAACCCUUUGUUGACUAUGAUUUAUACAUGCUAAAUGACCUAAUUUGUAAUUUUGGCUGUAAAAUGAAAAAGGAAAUAAUUGAGAUUUUUCAGAAACCAUUUGAA